UCAUUCUGUGUCAUAGCUAUGUAAAGCAGAAAACCAAGUUGUAAAUCUAUAAACUCUAGCACUGAUUUUCAUGUUUAGUACUAUAAAGCUGCUUGCCUAAUGACAGUCAAUUGUAUACUGCUAUAUGAAGAAAACGCGCAAUGACAUGAUUUGAUUGGAGUCUUGAACUGCAGAGCUUAUGCAAACAUUCACACCGCUAUGAUCAGAUACUUUCUUAACUGCUGUUUUCCCAUGUUGCCCAUGUUUGUUGGGUGAUAAAUUUGUUGAGGGGAAAGCGUGCAUCAUAUUUACAUAAUUAGUAUCAGGAUGUUCACUAACAUUACACCACUUGUUUAUAUCAAACUGUAUAUCGAAGAGCAAAAAAUUACUUCACCUGUGAGUAUAUCGAGGCCUUAACAUAUGACAGCAUUCUUUUUUUUUAUUUAUUUUUUUAUUUUUAUCACACUUUACUGGUUAGUCUCUGCUGUGUGUGUCUACCAUUGCAUUGCAGCCAAGAAGGCUGAAUUGCAGUGCCACACCAGUCAAACCACAUCACUACAGGCCUUUACGGUUAUUUGUGUUGUUUUAUUUUAUUUUUUUGUCAAAAUCGAUAACAUCUACCAAUCAUUUAAUUCAUAGAGUAAACCAUCUGCUACAAUUAGGCAGGUGAGAGGAAAGUGAUAAUUGCUGACCUUGUCAUUUACAGAUGAAUGGAUUUAUUAUCAAUCCAGUUUUUACUACAUGUCCAAUGAGACCAAGAGCUGGACUGAGAGCAGACGAGACUGUCAGAAGAGAAGAGCAGAUCUGAUCAUCAUAAACAACAGAGAGGAAUAUGAUUUUGUUCAGAACCAUACUGUUAAGAAAGAAUUCUGGAUUGGUGUGACUGACAGUGAUGUGGAGGGCAGCUGGAAAUGGGUUGAUGGCAGCGCACUGAACUCUGAGUUGUGGGCAUCUAGAGAGCCAAAUGGAGGAAGAGUAGAGAACUGUGCUGUGACUUAUUUAACAGAGAGGCCUGAUUUAUUAGGGUUGAUUGAUGUUAGAUGCAAUAAUGCUUAUCAAUGGAUCUGUGAGAAGAGUAUAUGGCCCUAGGAACAUGUACACCUUUAACCAUCAAAUCAAAGUCUUCAGGAUCACUAAGAUUCCAGGCAGGUGUUUCGGAGCUAAAGUCUUCCGUAUGAUGACCGUGGACUGGACACCCCUGAUUUUAAUGGAAUACCUGUUUAGGCCUUAUACUGUACUGUGCAAACACAUUUCACUUGAUAAAAAAAUGAAGGAAUUGUUCACCUAAAAAUUACAAAUUGGGCAUUAAUUACUCACCCAGUUGCUGUUCUGAAGCUUUAUUGCACAACUCUGUGGAAUACUUGAUUCUGAUUGGUCAGUCGCGACAUUCCGAGUUGUGUUAUCCCUCGAUGACAACCGGUAAAAGCUGAUAACUCCUGCUCAUCUGGGAAACAGCAGUCGGCGCUGUACUCUUGCUAAGAACAUGUUUUUCUUGAUGGAAGCUUUGUGUUUGUUAAGUUAAUGAAAUAUUAAAACAUCAAAAUGGUGAACAGUUAUUUAAUUAUGUCAUCCUGAUAUUGUGGACUCGCUCUCUCGUUUCAUACAAAUGCAACUGCUGCCAUUUUGCUGCGAUUGUUUUGUACGCCGUAAUGGAUUAUAAGAUAAUUAAUAAAGUGGUAAGAUUUUAAAAGUUUCGGCUUAAAUAUUUUAUUGCCUUAAUUAUUAAUAUGGUGAAAUGUUGUGUAAAGAGUGGUUUGACGGCACCGUUUCCC